AUGGAAACAGGAUUGAUCCCGUCUUCCACACAGUUUGGAGCAGGAGGAUCUCAAGUCCCAAGCAGGCUUGGCACACCGACCAGAAAGGAGAUUCAUCCAGGUUUCUGGGAGAAGUUCAAAGGUCCUCAAGAAGGCCCCUCCGAAGACUUCAACUUUGAUCUACUGAAGGAAGCAGUCUCGCAGAUUGCGAUGAGAGGGUCCCUGACUGAUUACAUGGAAGUGGUGAUGCAAGAUUAUCCUGAUAUGCAGAAGUCAUGGAGAUCUAAGGCCCGCUUCCUGCUGGACGUAUACAAGGAACCUGAUGCAAAGACAGCUAAGCUCAUGGCUGCAACAUUCUUCUUUGCUUCGAGAAUCAACUACAUCUCUACCGGAUGUGAGUACAUGGCCACUCAGUAUUGUGCAGAAGUCAGAGCAGAACUGAGGAAGUUUGGCAAGAGCGAAUCAUGGUCGAAGGACACAGUGCUCGAGAUCGAAAGCAUGAUCAGGGAGAAGUAUUUCAACUUCAAGGCCAUGGCAGAAAAAGAGCUCUCCAGAGGCAAUGUGAAACCGAUCAAUGGAUGGGGUGAUGCCAGGAUGCUGGUCGAGACCGACGCAAGGGACAAAGAAACUCCCAGCAACAGUAACGCCUUUCAGGGCUCGCAGAAUGGGUCUUCGAAGACCGAGGUAGCCAAACCCGAGAAGACGCGUCAAGCCAAAGAAUGCACGCGCUCAGGGCCCUUGGCCGAGCCUCGUUUCGACCCGGCUGCAAUGAGAGAAGACUUCAAUCACGCUGAAGAAGACUCACCAGACGGAGCUCUCUCAGAGCGUCAGAUUGAGGACGUGGACUGUGAAGCAGACCCACUCAUGGCCGAUUCUGCAACCGAGCGAGACGAGUCGACAUUGAGCGAGCUCUGCACCUUCGAAGAAGUGGCCGCUAUUCCGGUCAGAGCACCGUUUGACUACGACUUAGAAUGUCUCAAGGAUGGGGUGAGAAGAGUCCUUGGAGAACUAGAGGAAUUCAGAGACGGCAGACUCGAGGUGAAUGAAGAAGAGGAUAGGGCUUGGCUCCAAAACGUGGAGAAAAACGUUCUGAAUCCGGACCAGUUCAGAGCCGGGAACUUCAAUAGAACGAUUCCCGCGUGGGAGGAGCUUUUGAAGGACUCCAAAAGAAAAACAUCGAAGAUGGUUUUAGGAGCCUUGAAGGAAGGACUGAAGCCAUCCUUCGAAGGAACGGAUAAUGCCCUCGAAUCCAAACGAAAGGUCGUCAAGGCCAUGUUGCUCAAGACGGUUCCCAAACGAGAGGUCAGCUCAUUCCUCACCGGAAAGUUUCCUAGCGAGAUAGAAUUCUCGAAUCACCAAUCCGCAGAGGACAAUGCAGACUUCGUCUGGAAUGAAGUCAAGAGCAACCUCGCUUCUGGAGCCAUCUCAGCGUACCCUAAAGGAAGCAAGCCCAAAGUGGUCAACCCGAUUGGAGUGGUCUUCAAUCCUAAGCCGAGAAGGAUCCUCAAUGCUCGGUACAUCAACCUCUUCAUGAAGAGCCUCCCAAAAUGCCUCCUGGAGCCUGCCCAGAGUGCGGACUGGCUUGGCUUCGUUGUGGACUCACUUCUCGAGAUCUUCCGGAUCUCCGAGAAGAAAAAGCUCAAAGUCUUUGCAGUGUUGGAGCAGAUCCUCGAGUCUGAUGAAAUCACUGCCAGAAUGCUCGCCUCCAUGGCGGGGAAGCUGGUCUCGUUGGGUCCAGCAAUGCUCCCCGCUUCUCUCUUUAGCCGCCCGCUCUUCGCAGCCAUGCAAGGAAAGCUGACGUAG